AUGCCGGGCUUGGACAUGAGCAGCGUCAAUAACGCCGGUAGUCUGGCGUCGACGAGCAUCUUCGAGGAGAACAUGAGCACUCUGGUCGACUGGUCACCCUCAGCCAACAUCACCAGCAGUCUUACUGUCCCAUCAUCAACCCCACUCCCAUCAUCGUCAUCAUCGUCGCCAUCGCCGUCACCAUCGUCAGUCAAUGUUACUGGAACAACUGAAUUGAAUAUUGACCAGCAUGAGACUGUUGGUGGUAGAGGUGGUCGUCUGACAACAACCAAUUGCCCAAGUAGUCUAUAUCACUGUAACGAGGACCAAGUCACUGAUUCAUUGAUUGAGAAUCAGGAGGACAGUGAGCAGGGAGAGGACGAGGGUUACGCAUCGGGUGACGAGAGUGGUAACAUUGACGACGACAUCUUCAUCGAGGUGUCGUCAAUAGGUGGUAACGAGGAGGAAUUGAGAUACGUAUCAGCGGGAACUGAUAUUGGCGAAGAUCCUGCUAUUCUGUUCGGCUUUGACGACGAUUUUAGCACGAUGGAGGAGCUGCUGAUCAAUGCCAGCGUCUUAAAUAGAACUGACAAUAUCACGGAUAACAAUGAUACGUAUAUUGUUAGUGAUGACAGCCUGUUUCCCUCUGGCUAUAGUUUGCUACAAAUAAUACUAGCAUCCAUAGCGGCAACGAUUCUCAUGAUUGCUGUUAUUGUUGGUAAUGUGCUUGUUAUAAUAGCCAUUGCCACUGAAAAAGCACUGAAAAACAUUACAUAUUGGUUUAUAGCUAGUCUAGCUGUUGCUGAUUUUUGUCUCGGUCUUUUUAUAAUGCCCUUCUCACUGGCGAAUGAGAUCAUGGGCUAUUGGAUAUUUCCUUAUUGGUGGUGUGACAUACACUCUGCGAUGGACGUGUUACUGUGUACCUCAAGCAUAAUGAAUCUAUGUCUUAUAAGUUUGGACAGAUAUUGGAGUAUAACGAAAGCAGUGGACUACCUCAGAAAGAGAACACCAGCUCGUGCUGUUACCAUGAUAGCACUCGUAUGGUUGCUAUCAGGUUUAGUGUGUAUACCACCCUUACUUGGUUGGAAGAGGCCGAGAGUCGAGGAGGAGUAUCCAAAGUGCAUGGUAAGUCGAUUCGUCUGUACCUCAUGCACACUCACACAAUACAUUCACAUCAAUUUCUUUAUAAGGCCAAAGCUGAGUGAAAAAAAAGCAAAACUCACCUUUCACCAUAAGUGCUUCACCAUUUACUUCAAUAUUCUAUCGCAUUACUUCGCUUUACCUUACAAUGUGCGUACUCAGGCUGGCAUUAUUCCACUAUUUCCACAUCUCAGUGACUUUCCGCGUUUCUUUGCUCAACGGUAUACACAUGGCUAA